AUGUCCGUAAAAACGAUACUAUUGUUUCGAUCCAAACCAGAUGAUGCAUCGAGUGAUGAUGUUUACGAAAAAUUGUUAAGUGAUCACGGCUAUCAUGUCAAAACAAUUUCACCUAUACAAUUUCGUUUUAUAAACAUGGAUUUAUUAUCUACAAAACUGCAGUCGAAUGAUUAUCAUGGUCUUAUAUUUACAAGUAAACGAGCUGUUGAAGCUGUUCAACGAGUUCUUACAGAUAAUGAUCGCCAACGUUUACAACGAAUCUAUGUCGAAGGACCAGCUACAGGCGCACUGGUCCAAGAAAUAUUUGAGUCAACAGCUAAAAUUCUUGGUGCUGAAUCUGGUGGAAGUGAGUGUUUAGCUAAAUUUAUAAUCAAAGAUGUGGAAGGUACAGAGGGUACUGUCAAUCUUUUAUUCCCAUGUGCUCAAGCUCGGUUAGAUAUAUUACCAAGACGACUUUCGAGUGCACAAGCAAUUCAUUUGGAUGAAAUAUUGGUAUAUGAAACGACACCGUCAGACAGUCUAGAACAUGAUUUAAAUGAAUACCUAAAAGAUCAUGGAAGACCUAAUGCUGUUGGUUUCUUCAGUCCGAGUGGAUUCGAUAGUGUAUUCAGAGCUAGUCAACGAAUUGGUUUUGAUCUAACAAAUAAUAAAACUGUAUUAAUUAGUCUGGGUAAGACGACAAGUGCUGCUAUUCGAAACUGUCUUGAUUCAUCGCCAUUUGAUGAACGUUCAUGUCUGAAACCAACUGCUGAUGAAUUUCUUCGAGUUGUGCAAAGCAUUGAAUAG